AUUCAUUCAAUUUUUAUUCUUUGACAGACGCAGACUCGAACGCACGCACGUCCACGCGCGUCCCGAACGAUCUUCAACGUGUCCUCUCGAAAUCGAACGUGUACGGUAAAGAAAAAGCGACCGGCAACCGGAGUUCCUCGGGAUGAUGUUGAAGGUUAUCCGUUCGUAGUGAUUGUGUGUGUUUUUAGUGAAGUUUUCGGUGUAUUUUAUCAACACGCACGCAUCAUUCGGGAAGGAUUUUAUCGAUGCAAUCGUUUGCUUUUUGUCGAUUGGUUACUGUUGUGUUUUAGUGAGUUGAGCUACUAGCAGCCAUUCAUGAUUCUAUUCAUGAUUUGUGGUGAAAAGAAGUGCAGUUUUGCAGUUACGGUUUAGUGAUAGUUUAGCAAAAUCGUGACAGCUAUUGCAAAGGAAAACAAAUCACCCAUACACAUACACGCCGUCGAUCGAAGUGUAGUGUCAUUUCCAACGUCAAAUUACGUAUCAAAUGAGGUCAACUAUGUCAGAUGAUGGUAGUUGCCACCGAUUGCCUUCACAGUGUGCGCUGUUCAUCAAUUGCUAGUGGUGAUGUGUGACGACAAGCCUAACAGUGUGCAAAACAUUCUGUUCUAACGAACCACCAACGGAAAGGCGUGGAUAAUAAGAGUAAUCAGCGCAAACCACGAAUAACGAACCCCCUUUUGGUACGAUUUUGAAUUCGUCUAGUGCAAAGUGUGUCUCUGGUAACUUUGGUGGUGUAGUUCGGUGCAAAUCUUCAUGCUAAAAUCGUCAGGAAUGACUGUAACUCCGGUACGAAUGGCGAUGACCAGCCCGACGGUGCCCAUGCAGCAGAAAACGAACUCUCGGAUUAGCAAUUUCAGCGUCGCGUCGCUGCUGGCGGACACGCGGCCCAAAACGCCCAACGCGCACCAUGCCAUCAUCACCUCCAGCAGCACCACUACGACCACCCCCACGCCCACACUCACCCCCCACAGUCCACUGAUGGUGCAUGGUCCCCACGGUAUGCUGCACCAGUCGGUGACGAUGACGACGACGGCACUACCCGGUGCGUCACCGUCCGGCGACCUGCUGCCAGCGAAUCUGUCCUCCCACACGACCAGUUCCUCCUCGCCGCGAUCCCAGCACGAUGGCAGCUCGCUGAAAAACGUCGACGCGGAUCGGGCCGACACACCGCACAGCCUGCUCGAAUCGGACGAUUACGACUCGAACCACGACGAGGAGGAAGACUCGAUCGUGGACAUCGAGGAUAUGGACCACGAGCUGAGCGAAAGCGGUUCCCAGCCGGGUCGCAAAGGCAGCGGCUCACCGGGAUCGCCAUCAACGAUGGGGAUGCCGCACGGAUCACCACCGGCUGCCGCCCUAGCAGCAGCGGCCGGUCACGUCCCAAUCCGACCCACACCGUUCAGUGCCCUGGCAGCGGCAGCAGCGGCCUGGGGUGGCAUGAGCGGUGGUGUACCGUGGCCUGGUGCCCGACAGAUGCCACCGUUCGGACCACCCGGCCUGUUCCCCGGACAGGGUUUCGGUGCCGGCCAGCUUGGUGGAGAUAACGAACCGCCCCGCAUCAAGUGCAACCUACGAAAGCACAAACCGAACCGGAAACCUCGCACUCCCUUCACCACCCAGCAGCUCCUGUCGCUCGAGAAGAAGUUCCGUGAAAAGCAAUACCUGAGUAUAGCGGAGCGGGCCGAGUUUAGUUCCUCGUUGAGGCUCACCGAAACGCAGGUGAAGAUCUGGUUCCAGAACCGACGGGCCAAGGCGAAGCGGUUGCAGGAAGCGGAGCUUGAAAAGAUCAAGAUGGCGGCGCUAGGACGGGCACCGGGAGCCCAACUGUACAUGGGCUACUUCCACCCGAGCUUAAUGGGGGGUGCGAUGCACCUAGGAUAAGCCGGCAAGUUUGGCUCCGGACGCCAACCAACCAACAAACCAACAAACCAACAAAACCUACCAACCAAUCAACCAUUGUGAAUAUUAGCAUUUAAGUGUCUAUUGCUAAACGACUGUUGCAUACUCCUAAGAUAGUACUGCCCAAGUGUGAGGUUAUGAUUAGGUAUUUAUUUUAGUUCUCAACCCCCUAACUCGUCCAAUUUCGAAGGCCCCGGAGAUCGAAAUUCCUCCGGUCUUCCUGCCAAAGUAAAGCAAAUGCCUGCUCCUCCUCUUCCUCCUUAUCUUCCUCCUUCAGUCUGCGUACGUUUCGCACCCAAGGCACAGACCCGUCCAUAGGCGCCCUGGUAGGCGAGAAGAGUUUAAUUUUAUUUAUUCACUGACGCGUUUUCCCGCUAUUGGUAUCAUACCCCCAAAAAAACAGUCCCGCUUUACUUCCCAGCAUCCACAGACAACAGUACCGCGUAGGUCUCGUCAUAGUCAGUCAAGAUUUUGUAAAUAUCAAUCAGUUUCGGUGCGGUACGGUACGGCACGGUACUCUCAAGGGUGAUGGUUGAGUGAGUGUGUUGGGCGUUGUGUUGGACCAAACAACACUCCGAGUGCCGCAAGACAAAAACGCUCUCAAAAAUCGCCAUUUGUAAAUAUUAUCCCACGAAAAGCAUUUGGCGUGCCAAGGGAGCGUGCGAAACGCUUUUCGGGCAAUUUGCUCCCUUUCCUUCCCCUGUUGUUUGUGCACAGGGCGGAUCCUGGCGAUCCGGCCCCUCCGUUCCUUUUCUUUUCCUCACCCUGCACAGCAUGCACAAUGUAACGAAUUCGGCUUCGGUGAACGCCGUUGGACAAUACGGGUUCGAGCGUUUUCGAUAGGAAGGCGUUCAAUGGGGCAGGGAAAACCCUCAAGUGUGCACGGUUUUAAUUUCUUAAUUUUUUGUAAAUAACAACCCCAAAAUGUGAGACACACGAACGCAGAGGACGCGGGCCACGAAACGUUUGGAACGCCAACUAGUGAGGGGGGAGGUAGGAAAGAAAAGCUUAAAAAGGCAAACAGGAGAGAACGGAGCGAGAAGAGUGUUUCAUGGAGAUUUCGAUCAGUGAGGAGUGUUGUGCGUCCAUUCGAUCGAUUGAUCAGGUGAAUGAAGGUGUUGUAUAUAGUGUGGUAGUGGUGCGAGUAGGCAUGCGGGAAAGGGGGCGACCACGGCUACGGCUACAAACGGCAGUAAGGCGUUUGUUUGAAUGUGACAGCCUCCUCGCCAUAUGAGUUGCUAACAGGAUAGGUGCCGUUUUUGAGGAGGUCUCCGAUGUAUGCGUGUCGUGUGCCGAUCUCGAUCAUUACUUAUCCAAUUGCUGCCAAAGUUGUACAGAGGCCGGAGUGUGAGACGAAGAACCGAACGAAAACCCGCUCUUAAGUGGAAGGCAAACAAGGUUAAUUUGAAGCCGCAGGCUAAACUCAUAAACAAUUGAAUCAGGCACCAGCAAUGGAAAAUGGUUCAGGCAGGUCUGAGGGAGUGUGAAAGCAAGCAGUGUGUAGGGCAAAGCACAAGAUAAACUUCGAGCUUGGAGGAUUGUCUUCUUCGAUCCACGCACUCACUCACCCAGUGACGUACUCGCAUUAGUAAACCCCAGGGCGCUUGUGUAAAGAUUCGAUGAACGAAACGGCAAUCUGUAAUGAAGACGGACGGUGAGAAGUUUUUGUGUAUUAUGUUAACUGGUCGCUUCCCGAAGCCGAAUGCAACACGUAGGAAAAAGGUAAGCAAAAAGCGAUGCGUAAGCACGAAUAUCAUUUGCAACAGUAAGUGCUAGUGUGUAAGGGUAGAUACAAAUAUGCUGGUGAUUUGAACACUGAGAAUACUAAGAAAAGAACAGAAAAGAAAAUAUAUACAAUAAAUAAUGAAGAAACAAAAAAACGAAAACA